AUGGAGCUGCACCCACCGCGCUGGCGCCCCCUGGCGGCGGGGAGGACACAGGCAGCCGGUGGACCCCGCCCACAGUGGCGGCGGGGCCAGAGCGGCCGCGCCCCCUGCCCGCCGCUCUGCCCCGCCCAGCACCACCGAGACCCCCAUUGGCCAGCGCCGGGCGAGCCCCGUGACGUCACCGCGGAGGACCCCUCCCCAAACCAGGGGCGCCCCAAAGUGGAGGGACCGGACCCGCAGAGCGGGGCAUCCCCGAAACCCGCGGGCCGCACGCACGGCGCACCCGCCCUGCGCGCCCCCCGUGCGGGGGUCUGUGUUCCCCCCCCUAAACCGGGCACCCCCAGAGUGGGGCGCCCCCUGCCCCCUCCGUGCACCCCAACGCGGGUUGGGGUCCCGGGGGUCCUGAGGGGGAAUCCCAAAAGAGGGGAACCCCAAAAGGCAGGGAUCCCCGGGCGCGACCCCGCCUGCCCCCCUCUCCAUCUCCCCACGAAUCGGGGGCGACCCCUCCCGCCCCCCCGGGCUGUGCCCCCGCCCCCGGCCCCCGCCUUGCCCCCGCCUCCUCCCGCCCGCCCGCACCGCCUCGGCUGCCCGCACCCCUGCGGACUGCUGCCCACACCCUGCCAGUCCCCGCGUCCUGCUGGUACUCCUGCCCGUACCCCUGCCCGCACCUCUGCCUGCACCAGCACCCUGCCCUGCCCGCAUCCCUCCUUACUGCCCGCACCGCUGCCCUGCCCUGCCCUUCCCGCAUCACCCUCCGCUCCUGCCUUGCCCUGCCCGCACUCCUGCCUUGCCUUGCCCGCACCCCCGCCGCCGUCCAUGUCCCCCCCGGGCCCCCGCACCCGCUGGGUGAGCGACUUCUUCUCGUACGAGACCACCAAGUCGGUGGUGGUGAAGAGCUGGGUGGUGGGCGCUGUCAACCGCGGCGUGCAGCUCCUCAUCCUCGCCUACUUCGUCGGCUGGGUGUUCCUCCACGAGAAAGCGUACCAGGUGCGGGACACCGCCGUCGAGUCCUCCGUGGUCACCAAGGUGAAGGGCGUGGGGCGCUACGCGGGGCAGGUGCUGGACACGGCCGACUACGUCACCCCCCCUCAGGGCACCUCGGUGUUCGUGGUGGUCACCAAGCAGAUCCGGACCGAGGACCAGGCGCAGGGCGUGUGCCCGGAGAGCGAAGCCGCGUUCCGCUGCUCGGCCGACCGGGACUGCCGCGGGCUGAGCCCGGCCACGAGCAAUGGGAUGCUGACAGGGCGCUGUGUCCCCUACAACACGACCCUGAGCACCUGCGAGAUCCAGGGCUGGUGCCCGCCUGAGGUGGACACCGUUGACGUCCCCAUCAUGCUGGAGGCCGAGAACUUCACCCUCCUCAUCAAGAACAGCAUCCGCUUCCCACUCUUUGGCUUUGAGAAGACCAACCUGCCGCCCCCUGGCAGUGGGGUGGAGCUGGGCCGGUGCCGCUUCCACCCGCAGCUGCAGCCCCUGUGCCCCAUCCUGCGCCUGGGGGACGUGGCGCGCCUGGCCGGGCAGGACUUCCCUGCGCUGGCCGCCACCGGGGGAGUGCUGGGGAUCAAGAUCGGGUGGGUGUGUGACCUGGACCAGGCCUGGGAGCGCUGCCUGCCCCACUACUCCUUCACCCGCCUGGACAGCCUGGCCCGAACUCCUGCCCCCGGCUACAACUUCAGGCAUGCCAGGUACUACCGCUGGCCUGACGGCUCCGAGCGCCGCACCCUCACCAAGGCCUUCGGCAUCCGCUUCGAUGUCCUGGUGUACGGCAGCGCCGGGAAGUUCAGCCUUGUCCCCACCCUCAUCAACAUGGUGGCAGCUUUCACCUCCAUCGGUGUGGGCACGGUGCUGUGCGACAUCAUCCUGCUCAACUUCCUGAAGGGUGCCGAGCACUACAAGGCCCGCAAGUUCGAGGAGGUGCCAGAGGCUGGUGCACCCGCCACCCCUGCCACCCCCAUGGCAUGUCCCCCAGGGGCACUGGGGGGCUGCACCCGGGACAAGCAGUCCACCGACUCGGGCACCUUCUCCCUCGGCCUCUAGCCCUGGUGCCAUGGGGCAGCCCCCCACUUGCCCCCCAUUGAGGGGAAGCCCACGGCUGGGUGAGGGGCUUGCCGGGACCCCCGUUGGGCUCCUACUGCCCAUCCAGUCUCCACACUGAGCCCCAUCCACAUGCCACUGUCCCCAGUGCCCACCCUGCAUGCCCAGUCCCAACCCCAGCGUCCCCUGUGCCCCGUCCCUUGUCCCCAUGGUGCCCCUAUGCGCCCUCCUCUGGCACCUCCCUGCUCCCCACUGGCCCCAUGCCGGGGGGGCUGCACCCCCCUACAAUAAACCCAUGGCUCACAGCACC